AUGGUCUGCGGCUUGCAAGGUGGAGAGCGCGGCUUGGAUGCGAUGCGCGGGCUGGGUACGGGCGAGGGCGAGGGCGAGUUGGAUGUCAAGAGAUGGACGGCAAGGGAGAAGAACGGGAGAGGCCGCGGCGGCGAGCGCAUGGUCGGCGAUGGAGGGUUCAGUGGCGGAUCAGGGCCGGGCAGUAUCUCCAAGAAACUGGACGGUCGUACCUUGCCUGGAUGUAUCCGGCAGUCUCGUGCACACACGCCAGAGGCGACUGAGCAUAGCGGGCGCAGCGCGGGGAGUGGACAGGCGCCGAGCAGAUCGAACGGCUCGCAGAGGGACAGACAGAGUGCGGCGAGACAGAGCGAGCGCGUUGGGACAGGUACGCAGGCGGAGGCAGAGGAUGAUCGCACGCGUCAUCGCGAUGGGCGCUUGCACAAGACGGGCCACAACUGCCAUGAUCGCAUCGCCGAUACCACGCAGCUUGGGCCUACAACUUGGGUGGCCCAAUUGGCGUCCGACAAUGACGGAGAUGCGGGGCACUAGCCUGAAGCGGACGUGAGAUUCGCCGC